AAAUGUGUCCCAGUACUGAAGGGGUUAAUUCUGAAGGAGUACUUGGAGAACUAGUGGCAAUCUUCUUAAUUUUGGCUUUGUGUCGUGUACGUAAAUGUAGCGGAAGUGUACAUGAGCGUUUUGUUACUCAGUUCAUACGCACAUAGAAAAGAGAAAAAGACUGAGAAAACAUACUUCAAAAUACACACGCACAAUAAAGAUAGACAUUGAAAAGAAAGAAAGAAAUAAAAAAAAAAAGAUAAAUAGACAAAAAGUGAGAAAAGUGUACACAAUAGAAAAAAAAUUAAACAAACACACACACGUACACAAACUAGCAAAAAAUAUUAUAUGCGUCUCGGAAAAAUAAAAUAAAAACAAAUUUAGAAAAGAAAUUCAUCCAUAUUUGUGUGUGUGUGUGUGUGUGUGUGUGUGUAGAGGAAGACAUAGUAGUGAAGAUACUGAAGAUAACACAAGAUAAUGGGAUCACUGUGGAUGGACAAAGGCACAGUGACCUUUGAGGAGAAAUGGCCCACAAUGCGCCCCACAGUUCUGAAGUUGCUGCGGCAGGAGUGUGUGAGUCGGUCGGAGUGGCAGGACCUGUUCUGGGCGGUGCACAAGGUGUGUCUGUGGGACGAAAAGGGUCCGCCCAAGGUACAGAAGGCCCUGCAGGAUGACAUCUUGGACUUCAUCUCCCACGCACAGGCGAGAGUCCUGGACCAGCAUGAGAACCAGGCGCUGCUGAAGGCGUACAUCACCGAGUGGAGAAAGUUCUUCCAGCAGUGUAGCUACCUGCCCCUGCCCUUCAACCAGCUGGAGUCCGCCUUGGCAGGGAAGACCACCACCUCCGUGUCCAAGAAGGUGCAGAAUGAUGAUGCCAUUGUGAGGAAGUUGAUGUUGGACAGCUGGAACGCGUCAAUCUUCAGCAACAUCAAGCAGCGCCUCCAGGACUCGGCCAUGAAGUUGGUGCAUGCCGAGAGGAAUGGAGAAGCUUUUGACUCCCAGCUUGUCAUUGGUGUCAGGGAGUCGUACGUCAAUCUCUCCUCAAACUCUGGCGAUAAACUGCAGAUUUACACCGAGAAUUUUGAAAAGGCAUACAUUGAGGCAACCAAGGCAUUCUACCGAGUGAAGGCGCCGCAGUACCUGGAGGCCAAUGGUGUGCAGAAUUACAUGAAAUAUGCCGAGAUGAAGCUCAGGGAGGAGGAGCAGAGGGGGGAGAAGUACCUCGAGUCAUUCAGUGGCUCUCUACAGAAUCUGAAUGAGUGCUGUGUGGAGGUUUUGGUCACCACCUUCAGGGACACCAUCCUUGCAGAGUGCCCACAGAUGAUCAAGAACAAUGAGACAGACAAGUUGAAGUUGAUGUUUAAAUUGAUGAGUCGCGUGCCGGACGGGAUCCAGCCCAUGCUAGACGCCAUGGAGGAGCACAUCGUGUCCGCCGGCCUGGCUGACAUGGUGGCCGCCGCCGACACCAUUACUCAGGAUUCUGAGCAGUACGUGGAAAAGCUGCUUGACUUGUUCCAGCGGUUCAGUCGGCUGGUGAGUGAGGCGUUUGAUGAGGACCCGCACUUCCUCACCGCCCGGGACAAGGCGUACAAACAGGUGGUCAACGAUACUCAGGUCUUUAAGUUGGAGCUGCCCAGUAAGACGAAAGGGAUCGGGAACAAGACACAGCCUGAGUCGAAGUGCCCUGAGCUCCUCGCCAACUACUGUGACAUGCUUCUCAGGAAAACACCGCUCAGCAAGAAACUCACCGCUGACGAGAUUGAGAGCAAGUUGAAGGAUGUGCUCUUGGUUCUGAAGUACGUGAGUAACAAGGAUGUCUUCAUGAGGUACCACAAAGCUCACCUCACACGCCGCCUCAUCCUCGACACCUCAGCUGACUCGGAGAAGGAGGAGAACAUGGUGGAGUGGCUGCGAGAGGUGGGCAUGCCGGCAGACUAUGUAAACAAACUAGCGCGAAUGUUCCAAGAUAUCAAAGUUUCCGAGGAUCUCAACCAGCAGUUCAAGGAGACCAUUCGCACCACCACCAAGUCCAGUGUGGCAGACAACCUCAAUAUUAAGAUCCUGAAUGCGGGAGCGUGGGCGAGGGGCAGCGACAGAGUGGCCGUCAGUCUGCCCAUGGAGCUGGAGGACUUCAUUCCUGAGGUGGAGGACUUCUACCGCAAGAAACACUCCGGCAGGAAACUACAGUGGCACCAUCACAUGUCCAAUGGCACGAUCACCUUCACAAACAACGUGGGUCGCUUUGAUCUGGACGUGACAACCUUCCAAAUGGCGGUGAUGUUUGCCUGGAACCAGCGGCCGCAUGACAAGAUAUCCUUCGACAACCUGCGCCUUGCCACCGAACUGCCCGACCCUGAACUCAGACGAACAUUAUGGUCACUAGUGGCAUUCCCCAAGAUGAAGAGACAAGUCCUCAGCAUGUCGGUGGAGGUGACGUCCCCCAAAGAGUUCACUGAAAACACUCUCUUUUGGGUCAACCAGGAGUUUGCACCUAUUAAGAAUGGCAAGCCACAGAAGAGAGGGAAAGUGAACCUGAUUGGCCGCCUGCAGCUGAGCACAGAGAAGAGCAAGGAGGAGGAUAACGAAGGCAUUGUGCAGCUCAGGAUACUGAGAACACAGGAAGCGAUAGUGAAGAUCCUAAAGAUGCGCAAGAGGAUCUCCAACGCUCAGCUGCAGACGGAACUGGUGGAGAUGCUGAAGAACAUGUUCCUCCCCAGCAAGAAAUUGAUUAAGGAGCAGCUGGAGUGGCUCAUAGAACACAAGUACAUGAAGAGAGACGACGAGAAUAUCAACGUCUUCAUCUACUUGGCCUAGCGCAUCGGUGGUGGUGGUGGUGGUGGUGGUGGUGGUGGAACUGUUUACUCUCUCCCUAUUCGCUGUCUAUAACUUUCUGUCCUUCUGUCCUGUCUUUCGUUGUCUUGUGUUGAAUUAAGUGUUGGCUCCAGUACUGUGGUGGUGUUAGGGAAUGUUUUUGUUGGUUUUUUCUUUUAUUUUUCUCUUUUAUCAUGUUUCUCUCUUUUCUUUUUUCUUUUUAUUUUGUCUUGUUCACUUUCUGUCUCCCUCUUUCUCUCAUUCUCUCUUUUUAUUUAUUUCUCUCUCUCUCUCUCUCUCUCUCUCUCUCUCUCUCUCUCUCUCUC